CAGAGGCAGCAGCAUUCCAGUGCAGAGCAGGUGAUCUCAUCUGUACAGCUUGGAAAGUGCUUGGGGAUUGCUCUGGGUGAAAGGCACCAGAGGGAUGUUUUGUUCUGAAGAACUAGAUUGUGUCCUGUCCCUGCUGGUUGUGUGUGUUUGGGGGGAGGGGGGAAAUGGAGGGGGGGGGCAAACACACAUAGGAGUCUUGUCCCUUGUGUGCCGUGUGCGAGGACUGGGGAUGGGUACAGCCCCAGCACUCCAGGGAGCAGAGGGGCAGCUCUCGGUGUGACCCUGGGGGACAAUUCACCUUGUCAGGGUUUUUAAGGGGUAGGGAGGAGGUGGAGCCAGGACUUGCAUACCACCCACUGGCCUGUGGAGCACUAAAAUCAGGAAUUGCAAUUUAUUUUUAAAAAGUAACUUUCCUCAGAGCAGAGAUUUUCAAACUGUGGAGCAGCCUCCCCCCGCCACUCACCUCAGCGGGCUACACAGUUUGUUGGUCAAUGUCAACAUCCCCCGCGACUGUUCCCAUUUCUGCGCUUGGCAGCCUCUGCGCCCAGCGCUGGCCACCCUGAAAACCCAAGGGAAGAGGGGCCAAGGGACAGGUAUUGUCCCAGCACUAGCAGCUGCAACAGCCACCAUCUCUAUUGGGGAGGCCACCAGGGACUCUGCAAGUGGAAAGCUGCACACAGGGCUAGUGACUGUCCUGCCACCAGAUCCCUUUGCCAACCCUGGCCCUUCCACAGCUCCAGGGCACAGAGCCCAGUCCUCUGCUGGAAAGAACCUGCACAGGACAAGCGAAUGGGGCUUCACCUAAGGGCUGGGGUCAGCAGGGAACUGUUCAGCAGCUGUCUGCUCCCCUCCUGACCCAGUCCUUUCAGCUCAGCGGUUUGUUUCUCAUGCGCACAGGGGCAGGUGGGGGGACAGUCAGGGAGUUGAGUGUAGACAGCCGAGACGACCCUACCGCUGCAGGGUCCAGUUGCCUUCCUCUAGUGCAACACGGUCACAUGGAUGUUCCUCAUGAUCAAAUUUCCACUAGAGAACUGACAUCAGCAUCAGGAUUCACCAGUGAAGAGACUGAAUCCGACUCCAGUUCUGCUGCAGGGACAAAGGGGGCAGGAGGGAUCAUCUGCCAACAGACCCUCCUAACCUCCACUGAUUCUGUGGCAGUAGCUUCAGGUGAGACCAACUGGAGUCAGAGUCCCACUGCCUGCCUCAGGGGACAGCACAAAUGUAACUGGUGUGCCAGAGAGGAGGAUCUUCCAGAAGAAAUAAAACCAGAGAUUAUUUGGGACUUAGAUCGGAACCAGGAAACGUACAGGGUUCAUUUCUCUAGGGCAGGCUGGUUCUGUUGCCCUGAAACUGAACUGGAGUUCGAGGUGAGGGCAGCAGUGACCAUCCAAUAUGGAUACAGCUCCUGGAGGGAGCAUCUGACUGAAACGCAGAAGAAUCAAUGGAUGGUGGCUGGCCCUUUGUUUGACAUCAGAGUGGAACCAACUGAGGCUGUGGCAGCCGUUCACCUCCCGCACUUCCUGUGUCUCAGAGAUGCUGACAAUUCCCGGAUGCAGAUUGCCCAUUUCAUCGACGAGGGGAUGACCCUGGAGAACCCAACACGGGUGAGGUCAUUCCACGCCGUGCUGGAGAACCCCAGCUUCUCUCCGAUUGGAGUAUUUUGGAGGAGGGAGAAUUCUGAUCAGCGAACUCAGCUCCAUUCCAUUGUACUGCUCUACCAGGCACAAAGGAGAGUUAAUCUAACCCUCCACCUCUACCUGAUACCUGAUGAUGGCUCACGGGUCAAGGCAGUGAAGGACUAUGAAAAGGAGUGCCAGUCAUGGUUUGUGUCUAAGUCUCAUUUCACCGCUAAACCCUUGCACUUUGACUCUCUCUACAUUGUGUCCAGUCCAUCGGAGAUAACAGUAACACCCAAGGAACUGCCAUUUUUGGAUAAACCUGCAGAAGCUUUUCAACCAUUCACAGAGGUCCACACCACGGAUGUGAAGAAGGAGCUGGAGCUCAGCCUGGUGGGAAAAAAGGACGGGAAGCCAAUCUGGGAGGCUGUUAUCAGACCAGAAGACCUGGCACCUUCUGGUUCAUCCAUUAAGAUGCAAAUAGAUACACAUUUUGUUGACCAACACCGAGAACAGCUGAUUAAGCGGGUGACUGCAGUGGACAGCAUCCUGGAUUCACUGCAUGGAGUCGUUCUGGAUCCUGAACAAUACCAGAGUAUCAGAGCCGAGAGAACCAACCCAGACAAGAUGCGGAAGCUGUACGAGCUGGUCCCGAGCUGGAAUUCAGGCUGCAAAGAAAAGCUCUACCAGGCGCUGAAGGACAAACACAGACACCUGGUUGAACAGCUUGAGGAGAAAUAGAUGGAGGCAGCUCUCCCCCUGCUCAGAGAUUGUUUGUUUGCAUUGGGAGGGAUUACUCCACAGGUUUUUGGUGUGAAUCACGUAACUCACAAUAUGCA